AAAAAAUGUAACAAAAAGUAAUUUACAAUUACAAAAAAAAGCACAAAACCUUGACGAAAAAGCAGCCAAAAUGAGUGAUUUAUUGCUGGCGAAGGAAAAAAUGAAUAAUUUAUCCCCGAAAUCGCCGUUUCCUCAAAUCGGUCUGGGCGCUGCUGGCGGAUUUCUCACCGGCUACUUUCUACUGAAGGCCAGUAAGUUGGUGGCCGUGGCUGCUGGUGGUACAAUUUUGAUCAUCGAAUUGGCCCUCCAUGCCGGCGUUCUUAAUCUGGACAUUGUCAAAGUAAUUUCACAGCCUAGUCAGGACCAAAGUCGGGCACAGCGUAGACUCUCCAACGCACUGUCCGCGGAGGAGGCCCAUCUCAGGAACUUACAUCUCCGGGAAAAGGCAUGUAAUCUCUGCGCAACUAGCGGGCGAUUAUGUGUGGCUUUUCUGGGGGGCUUCUUGCUGGGUUUUGGCUGGGCUUAACCAAAUUAAAAUAUUUAAAUAGUAAAAACGGCAAAUGCUAACAAACAUCUAA